GUGUGCUAAGUGCCGUGGCCAGGCAGCAGCUGCACAACGAGCUGAGGUAAAAUAGAGAACUAAGGAAGAAUGGGGGACCCCAAAGCCAACUUGGUGACAUCACACGCCGGAGUCGGACCCACGGCCCCCGGGCCACAGCUCAGAGUGGCGGGACCGCCCGGGUCGGGGCGGGGCCAGGGCGGGGCCUGUCACCAGGGAAACCGCCCUCCUAGUAUCCGCGCGCGGCGGUUGAGCUGCGCCCAGCGAGGCAACUGCCUGCGAACGCCAGUUAGGGGAGGGGCGUCUCGGAGACCCAGAGACACCAAGGCCCCUGCGACGAGGUGGCUGCCGCUAGGGGGCGUCAGGACGACGGACCGGGUUCGAGUUGGGCCCGCCUUUUCCGCCCGCGCUCCACGCCCUUGCAGAUCGGCAUUCGCGUCCGAGAGCGGGAAAAAAGCAGUGUCCAAGGCGCCGAUUUUAUUUGGAGAGAAGCAAGCAUCUUUGCCUCUUUGGAGUAGGAAAUUCAGACUUGAAAAAGGCCUGGCAGGCUGUAGCAAUGCCAUUCCUAGAACUUUCACCUGUGGUUACCUGAGACAGGAAACAGAAAAGAAUGCUCUGACUUGCUCAAUAUCUUCAGCGAUUGAGAGAUACAAAGGAAAUCAUUUAUAGCUACUGCAGAACAAUUUGAUGACUAUUGCUGAGUGUCCUGGAAGAGAGAAGGAGACCAUGCCAUUCAAAGCAUAAAAUUAUAUACCAAAUAAAAAGCAGCUCCUGGCAAGGUAGGUAUUAAGCUCUCAGAGACAGAGCAUCUCAUCAGUGACUCUAGGAUCCGAGCUGCUUAUCUUGAGCUGAGAACUUUCAGAUGUUGGGCGGGCUCAGCAGCAAUCUAUCAUGUGAUAGAAGUGGUAAGUUUUAGAUGCAGCUGCGGCAGAUCCAGAGGGCAUGGUAAUCUGCAUGAACAGGUGGCCCGAAGCUGCAUCUCUCAUCACCAAUACAAUGAUACUUCUUCUUUGCUAACCCUUUGGCCUCAGGUGGGAGUUUCCUUUGACCAGCUAUUAGAGGAGGAAAAUUACCAGGUCUGAUUCAUGGAUAUGUUAUUGAAUAUCUUGGUAUGAACAAAAAAUUGACUAUUACUGAACUGUAUCCCCACUCCUGGGUGGCCCUAAAAGACAAUGGUGAGAGAUGUUCUCUAAGUGGACAAAGUUUGGACGUUGCAUCUGGUUCCCUACCUUGUGUAGAGUGGGAAGUGCUAUAUGGUAAUGAUACGCAUACAGGAGGUCCUCUAUAUCCACUGGUUCUACAUCUGAAGAUUCAACCAACUGCAGAUAUCAGAAAUAUUUGAGAAAAAAAUGCAACAAUAAAUAAAACAAAUUUUAAAAGCAAUAUAAUAUAAGAACUAUUUACAUCACAUUUACAUUGUGUUGAGUAUUAUAAGUAAUCUAGAGAUGCUUUAAUGUAUACAGGAUUGUGUGCGUAGGUUAUAUGUAAAUACCAUGUCAUUUUAUAUAAGGGACUUGAACAUCCACAGAUUUUGGUAUCCAAGGGGAAUCCUGGAACAAUCCCCAGUGGAUACCAAGGAAUGACUUUAUAUAGACUCAUGGACAGUAGUGAAUGGCUUGGCUGAUUAACAAGGGGCCUAGAGGAAGAAAAAUUGGAAAAUUAGUAAUAAAUAGUCUAGAGAUGAACAUGUGGAUUAACCUAUGGAAGUGGUCACAAAGUGUGAGCAUCUUUAUAGCACAUAUUUAAGGCCCACAAGUAAGCAUCUACCCAGAAGAGACAUUAACCAGCUGGACAGAGUAGCUCUUCCAAUGGAUGUGAGCUCACCUUGGUUCUUGGCCAUCCCAAUGUUUGUGCGAUAAGCCCACGAACAGAGAAGCCAGGAUAGCAGAGACAAAGACACUACGUACAGACCCAUAGGCUCCCUCUUACCAAGGCAGAUCUAACUACUGGCAUUGCUGAAUGUCUGAGCUGUCAGAAACAGAAGCCAACACUGGGGCCCAAAUAUGGUACUAACCCUCAAGUAAAACAACAAGUCACUUGGCAGGAAGUUGAUUACUUUGGACUCCAUCCACUCUGGAAAGUCAAAUGUUUUCUUCCCAUUGGUAUUGUCAUGUAUUCCAGGAAUGGGUUUGCCUUUCCUGCUCACAGUCCUCAAACAACAUCACUAUCUGACGAUGAAAGGUUAAAGAGCAUCUGAUUAACCAGCAGGGCAUACUGUGUGACAAUGCCUUGGAUGUCUGGCCAUGGGCCCAAGACUGUGGAAUCCACUCGUCCUAUCACGUACUAUAUCAUCCAGAGGCUGCUGGCCUAACGGUGUUAGGCAGAGUUGAAGUGCCAGCUUGGAGAUGAUAAUCCUCUGAAGGUGGGGUCCUAUGUUGUCAAUAGAUAGAAUAAUUGAUUCCAGAAUUCAAGUGGUGAGAGUAGAAAGUGAACCUACUUACCAUCAUUCCCACUGGGGGAAUUUGGACUUCUUGUCUCCCUACACUCAGCCGCUGUGGGUCUCAAGUCCUGUUUCACAGAGGAGGUGUACUUCCACCAGGGGACACAUUAAGAAUUUUAUUUAAAAAGCUAUGACUGCUAACUGAUUGCUGCCACUAUACCAGAAAUAAAAGUCACCAUACUAGCAGGAGAGUUGGCCCUGACAUCAUGAGGAGGUAGAAUUGUGCUACCUAAUGAAGGUGUGGAGGAAUAUGUUCAGAAUUCAGGUUGUUCACUAGGACAUUUCUUGAUACUCCCAUAACCAGCAUUGAGAAUGGGUAGUUACAGCAACCAUGGCCUGAUAAAAGCAUGGUAGCCAGGGGCUCACGCCUUUAAGGGUUGAAGAUCUGGGUCGUGUCACCAAGAAAGCCACCUAAACUAGCAGAAGUGGUAGCCAAGGGCAAGGGAAAUCGAGAAAGGGUGGGUAGAGGAAGAAAAGGACAAAUAGAUGGUACAGUCUCAGGACAAACUGCAGUAGUGAGCUUAUUCCAUUAACUAUUUCUUAGAAGUUUCCCCAGGAUCUUUAACCAGCCAGAAUUUUGAAGAAGCUGUGAUGAGAUGGAGUGAACUUAAGGAUGGAGUGAGAGAAGCAAGAUCAUCUGUGAAGUACAAGAGGUGAACUAUAGCAGAUAUGUUGAUACUCACUCUCCAGAUCCUCUCAGACCUCUACUAUCAAUUCUGUGUGUCUCAGCUUCUGCAUGCUUUGGUGCAAAUGGCUUAAACCCAAGAUAAUAAAAGGACUGAUCUUGGGCAUUGGAGCUGCCUACCCUGGUCCUCCUUUUCUACCACUUGACUGACAUACCUAGUAUGCAUGGGAUUUUUACGUUUUUCCCAACCACAGGGAGACUCAUGAGCCAAUUACUGACUGGGGGAGCAUUCAAAUGCUCAGUUCCCUGGCUUCUAGGCAGGAAAUCAGGGUUCUCUAGGGGGACAGGACUAAUAGGAUAGAUGUAUAUAUAAGGGGAAUUUAUUAUGGAGUAUUAACUCACACAAUCACAAGGUCCCACAAUAGGCCGUCUGCAAGCUGAGGAGCAAGGAAGCCUGUCUGAGGCCCAGAGCUGAAAAACUUGAAGUCCAAUGUUCGAAGGCAGGAAGCAUCCAGCACGGGAGAAAGAUGUAGGCUGGGAGGCUAAGCAAGUCUAAUCUCUCCAUGUUCUUCUGUCUGGUUUUAUUCUGGCCAAGCUGGCAGCUGAUUAGAUGGUGCCCACCCAGAUUGAGGGUGGGUCUGCCUUUCCCGGCCCACUGACUCAAAUGUUAAUCUCCUUUGGCAACACCCUCACAGACACACCCAGGAACAGUAUAUUGCAUCCUUCAAUCCAAUCAAGUUGACACUCAGUAUUAACCAUCACAACUUCCAAGGUAUAAUUUAUACUCCAAUAUUCUCCAUGGAAUUAGGCUGAAGCUAGACCUUCACCUGAAAGUACCCUUGUGCUGGCUUCUUCCUCUUUCCUAUCUUGUAUCCAUUCCUUACUGAUUCCUCUAGAGAGCAAUUUCCUAAUCAAUCAUGACCAUCCAAAUCCUUAACUCAGUGUCUGCUUUUGGGAGAACCUGAUGUAAGACACACUCCCUUGUACAGUAUGAAACUAUCCUAUGCCAUUAAUUUUGCAAGCUUGUGUUGAUACUUAGAACCAACAAUGUUAACUUCACUUUUUUAUGCAUAUACAAUUUAACUUCUUACUACUCUAUAAAAUCCUUUGAAAGCAAAGACCAUGUCUCAUUAAUCUUAGUUUCCUCAUCUGCAUAUGGUAAUAAUAGUAUCCUCUCAUAGUUCAACAGCUAACAACUUCUUAAUAGUUGUUACAAGAAUUAACAGUUAAUAUGUUAAGUGCAUAGAAGUGUUCCUGGCAAGUGGCAAGUGAUAUAUAAGAGUUUGUCACUAAUGUCAUUGUUAUCUUUGUAACCCCCUCACAUGGCACCAAGAUGAGGCACAAUGUAUUUAUGCUAAUAUCUUUCGGUUCAAUGAACAAGUGAAUGGGUGGAUGGAUGGAUGACAGAACAAAUGUAGUAAUUUUUAAAAGCUCUAAAAGAGGAGGGUGCAAAGAGAUAGCUGCAAGAUUGGGGCACUAUAUUCAAAUACUUUAAAAUGUACUUUAGGUCCAGACUAGAGAAUCUGUUAUAACUGAAAGUUGCUGAAUUAGGCCAUAGUUAAAAAAACUUCAAUGUAAGGACAAAUUUGGAAAGUGUUACACUUCGUAAAUUCCACAAAAAGGUGUGUUUCAAACUUGCUGAAUCAAAACACAGGUUCCACUGUGUUGUAUAAAAUAGCACAUAGCAAAGCAUUUUCACAGAUAGCUUGUUUCUGGUUUUUAGGGCUGGAUAUUCAUGUGUUAAUACAAGGGCUCAAUAGACUCGGAAAUGUCACUACUUAGAUUCUGCGAAAAGUGCGUUUGGGACCUGUUUCCUCAAAACGCAGGUUCAAUUCUGUCCACUCUUGAAUAGUGGGUUGGUGCUGGUGUCCUUCCCGCUGGUAAACGUGAAGCACUGCUAUGAGGCUCCUAGUGGAAUUGACUGUGGUCUGGUGAGAAAUAACUCACACAAGUGAAACUGACGGAAAAAGAGGUGGAGAUUACUAACUACUGGCCAAGCGCAGCAGACAGUGAAGUCAGCUUGGUUACCACAGGCCAAACCACUGACCCUUUUCGCUUGGUGAAUACUGCCUGGGACAUUAUAAUCUACCACUGUUGUAUUAUUUGAUUGGAAAAGCAGCUACUCAGGGUUUCUCUAUAUUUUGGCCUGCUCCUAGAACUCUCAGCGGAAUACUGCUUUAUAACUCAGUACUACCCAGGGCCACACACUUUCCCUGUGCAAUAUGUUCCAAGAAUGGGAUGUUCCACAUUUGGAAAAGAAAUGCUCAUAUAAAGUCCUCACAGACAUUUCUCUUUUGAUUUCCUUCUACCGUGAUUUAUGAAGCUGCCACAGCAUUUGUCUCAACCUGAGCCACAGAGUUGAACAGAUUUUCAUCAUUUUCAGAGGAGUGUGCCUGUGCCUACAGACCGAUUCUUUUCCAUUCAUGUAACUGGGUCUCCAGAUGUGCCUUUGCCAAGCGGUUUUCCGAACUUCCUGAUGAAGAAAUGUAUGAAACUUCUCCCCACCUGUUUUAAGGCUCCUUCAAUCUCUCUUUGGCAAAAUGGUAACACAAACAUCUGAGGAAGCAUCAGUGAGUGCUUGGAUCAUGCCCAGCCCUGAGCCUUCAGUCCUGGCCCCUGUUUAUUCAGCCGGGCAGGCUCACCAGUAGGCUUCCACAGAGCAGAGAUGUGGUGACAAACGUAAGACCUCAUCACCACAGAAAGACAGACCAGAUCCCAUGUCCGGGGGAAAAAAAAAGUCACUCUUUUCACUAAUGACUUUAAAAAUUCACUUAUUCAAGCAAGCACACUACACUGCGGCUCCCACUAUCAUCCUGACUGGCCUGUGUGUGUGUGUGCUCAAGGACUUCCCCGUCACAGGCCAUUUUUGCUUCCCGAGGCAUUGCUUUGACCUAGAUCCUUUAGUUGGGGAUGUCACCCCCUGAAAUGCCUACCCGAAAAGGACAGAGAGGCACUGACCUGAAGUGAACUUGUCGUUACAACAGCCAUCACUUUCCUCCUUUUCUGUCUUUCUUCUAUGAGCACUAAUGCCAGACACCAACCAUUCUUGUGGCCUCUUCCUACUACCACGAUGCUGCUACGGAAGCUGCAGACUUCUCAUGCCACACUGAGAUUUCAAUAUUUCAUAGGUAUUGCAGAUAAUCUGAACUCAUGGGGUCUUCUCAUAUUUUCACUGUAAUCCUCUCUUCCUAGCCCACAAGACAGGGUCAAAGAACAAUCAGCGUUCUUAUUCCCUUCUAUUGUGGCCUCUUGAACUUAGGCCUCAGGUUCACCUAAGCUCUGCCACCUCCCUUAUGGAUGAUUAGAGAGCUCCUUACUAGUGGGGCAUGGGGUACUGAAGGCUGGGGGCAGUGAGGGAUACAAGACUACAUAUUCGGUACAGUGUACACUGCUCAGGUGACGGGUGGGGCACGGGGAGGCCCGUAGGGUCCCUAUUUCCAGUCUCUGAGAGAGAGCCACAUGCUAGAAUGAACCCAGAUUCUGCUGAAGUAAAACUCCUGUAACAUAUUUAUUUCAAGUUUUAAUGAAGAGAUAUUUCAAUUUCUGGCCAAGAGGGAGCAAGAGACUGGAUUUACCCUCUUACAUGAAACAAAGAACAUGAAAAAAACCCAAUAUUUAAGACAUUGGAAAUCCGGUAACAAUGAACAGUGGAUUCCUGAGGAACAGGAAACAAACAAGCUUAGAAGUGGUAUCCAAAGGGAGCAAAUUUUUGCCAGGAAACUUAACUGCAUCCCAGAACAAAGUUCAAGAUAUUGAUCAAAAUACAAAAAUAUCCAGCACCCCAAAAGAAAAUAUUUGCAAUGUCUGGCAUCCAAUAAAAGAUUACCAGUCAUGCAAAGAAGCAGGAAAACGUUACCCAUAGUUAGGAGCAAAAUCAGCUAAAACUGACCCAUAGAUGACACACUUGAUAUAAUUACUAGACAAGGACAUAAAAAUAGUUGUUACAACUGUAUUUUACAUGUUCAGGCAGCCAAAGGAAAGAUCAAAACUAAUAUCUCAGAUAAAAACACUCUGGAUGGGAUUAACGGCAGACUUGAUAUUGCGGAAGAAAAUGUAAGUGAACUUGAAGACAUAGCACUAGACACUACCCAAAAUAAAAUAGAAGAAAGAAUAGUUUAAACAGUUUGAAAAGGAUCAAUGAGCUAUGGAACAGCCUUAAGCAACCUAAUAUUCAUGUUAUUUGGUUCUCCAAAGGAGGGUGGGCAUGGGAGCCCACACCUAUAAUCCCAGCAAAUUGGGAGGCUGAGGCAGGGGGAUCACUUGAGCCCAGAGGUUUGAGACCAGCCUGAGCAAUAAAAUAAAAAUUUUCUUUGAAGAGACAGGGCCUUUCUAUGUGGAAGGAACCAGGCAUGGUAGCAUGCACCUGUGGUCCUAGCUACUCAGGAGGCUGAGGUCAGAGGAUCGCUUGA